GUUAUUUAAAAGAAUUUUUAAUUCAACAUUAUUAACUUUUACUUCUAUGACAAAAGUUCUCAAUUUGAGUCCAAACGAUUCUGAUGCACUUCAUUGCAAGGUUAUAAUUUUUCUUAAACUUGGAAAAUAUCAAAAUGCCUUAGAUCUUGUUACGAAAAAUUUUUCCGAAGAUCAACUCCCUCUUGAGCGAGUGUAUUGUCUUUAUAGGCUAAACAAAUUUUCUGAGGGAGCAGAACUUCUUCGUAAGUAUCGGGCUACUGGAAGUAAUGAUGGUGGAUUAAGACACUUGGAGGCACAAGUGGCAUACAAACUUGAAGAUUAUAAUGCCUCUUUAGAAACAUAUUAUAGUAUUCUUCAGGAAACAGACUCGAAAGAAGAUACGUAUAAUGAUAUUUUAACAAAUUUUAAUGCUGCUAAAGCUGCAUUAUUGUUUUCUGGUGGGAAAUUAAAUGAAAAGUAUACAAUGGCAGAUUCUGUUAAUACUUAUGAAUUAGCAUAUAAUUAUGCUUGUACAUAUCUUGGUCGAAAAGAUUUUAAAAAAGUAGAAAAAUUAUUGAUUACUGCAAGAAAUAUAUGUCGAAAAUCUUUGACUGAAGAUGAUUAUAAUGAAGAAGAAAUUGAACAAGAAUUAGGCACAAUUAAUGUACAAUUAGCAUAUUUAUAUCAACUUCAGGGUCGGAUAACUGAGGCUAUUGAGCUUUAUCAAAAUGUACUUAAAUUUAAAGGAACAGAUAUAACUGUUUCAGCCAUUGCAUCUAAUAAUUUUGUCGCUGCUAAAAAAGAUAGUGAAUUGUUUGACUCUGCUCGUAAAUUAAAAGUUGCAAGUGCAAAUACAUUAGAUACUAAAUUGUUUAGAAGUCAACGUCGCAUAAUCGCGAUGAAUGAAGCAUUAUUAUCAUUGUAUAUGCAUAAGUAUACUGCAUGUCAAGAUGUUACUCGUAGGUUGCUAGAAGCUUAUCCUGAAAAUGAUGAUCUUUAUCUCAUUUUAGCUUCAAUCUCUUAUCGUCAAAAAAAGAUCACAAAAACUAUUCAAGAGUUACAAGAAUUUGCAAAGUUAAAACCGGAAUCAUUAUCUAUUAAUUUUGCUCUUAUACAACUUCAACUUUUACAAUCCAAUCCUACAAGUGCUUUAGAAACUUUAGAAAAUUAUUUAUCAUCAAUUAAAGAUAAUACAGAAAAAUAUAGGCCUGGAUAUGUAGGAUUGUUAGUAUGGCUUUAUGAAAAAGUCGGUAAACCUGAAAAUUCAGUUCGAGCUUUAGACCAAGCAAGUACAUUUUGGAAAAGUGGGGUUAUGUCUGAUGAAAGUAGGUCAAUUCUUAAACAAACAGCCGCAUUUAAACUCAAGACCUCUCGGUAUCAUGAAGCUGCUCAAGAUUAUGAACAACUUGUAAAAGAUGAUCCAUUAGAUAUUCAAGCAUUAGCUGGACUUGUAGCAUCAUAUUCUCAAUAUGAUGUUAAUCUUGCCGAAAAAUAUGAAAGUUCUUUACCAGAUAUUAGUGCAUCUAUGGAAAUUGAUAUAGAAUCUCUUGAAAAAGUUGUACCUGGUGUUAAAAAAAGUUAUAUCAAAAAAGCAGAUACAAAAACAAUCGAGAAACAAAAAAGGAUAACACCGAAAAAGAAAAAAAAGCGUAAACCCUUACUACCAAAAAACUAUGAUCCAGCCGUACCACCAGAUCCUGAACGUUGGAUACCAAAACGUGAUCGGUCUUAUAACAAGGGUAAACAACGCAAAGGAAAACAGCAAUUAAUGAAAGGAUCGCAAGGAGUUGCGGUCGCUGGUGGAGGUAUUGGAGUUGUUACAUCGCAACCAGAACAACCUGCGCCUGCACCUACACCAAAACCAAAAGGUGGUGUAAUCUAA